AUGGCGACAUACGUUCUACCGACAACGGUCUAUCAGCCACCUCCGCAGGUUCGGAGGGAGGCUAGAGUUACCUUGAUUGAAGACGAGCUUCAAGUCAACAUACCUCCGUAUCAUUAUCCUUCAAAGCUUAUGAUUACCUCACCUAUGUCGGAUGACAUGCCCACCCCACGCGGAUUGGCUGCUACCAUCACACCGGCGACAGAUGCCACAUCUGUAGUCUCGUCGAUGUGGAGUCAUCGCAGUUCCAAUUCGAGCUUUGACAGUCUCUACGACCUCACAGACAGCGAGGGCGAAGAGGUACCUUUGAAGCUUUCUGCAUCUGUCAAGAAGCAUGUCGUCGACAAAGAACGUAGCAGGUACCCCUCUCUUGUCAUACCUUCUCCUAGUCAAUGGCCGUCUAUCCACAAGCCACAACCUUCGCACGCCAUUGGUUUGUCGCCUGCUUCUAAACUUGCUUCUCCAUCGGCUUUCUCGGUAUGGCAAGCUCAAAGAUUCCGAGUACCUAGUGGCACUUCAACUCCUUCUCUGGACGGAAGCUUGACUUCGGAGGAGCUUGCCCUUUCCAGUUGUCCUUCUACGCCCGACUUGUCUUCUCGCGAGGAGAUUGUCAAUGAGUGGGAGCCACCAUGUCAACUGCAUCCUGAUGCAUUUGAGACGUUGCACCAGCUCAGUCCGGAAGAGGCACAGAAUGAGAUUGUCGAAAGAGUCAUCGAGGUCCCUGAAGAAGCUGCUCAUGAGAUGAAGGAGAUUAUCAAGAGUACGCCAGUCCGUCUUGACUUUGCACUUCUUUCUGUCAAUCCCGAUGAGCCGCAAUACCAAGAUCCAGUAUCUGCUUUGAGUGUACCAUCUCCAGGCGGUUUUUUCUCAUCUUUGGCUCCAGUGGCGGCGCAAACUUGGGCAAUUCGCACGCCAGAACCAUCAACAAGCGUUGCAGAAAACUUCUACGGCGUUCCAUGGCGCGCGGCCUAUUCAAGUGAGCAACGCACAACAAUUGUCACUGCGCUUUCACCGACAAAUCGCGGACCACCAACGGCCAUCAAAGACGUCUUUUCUCCCAUUGAUCGGGAAGUUGAAAUUGCAGAAAUCACCGACGUAUGUCAAGCUCCUUCCGAGUACAACGAAGAGUAUCAGGAGAAACUAAAACAAUCAGCGUUGGCGCACUUUGAACGCACAAAGGGUUGGUUAGACGAUCAGUUCACCAUGCUUCCCAAGGUUGUCGUUAAAGAGAUGGUACCAUCGACUCCCAAGAUGGCCAAUUCGCCCGCCGUCACGGUCUCUGCCGACUGCAGUCCGUCGAAGAAGUCCGUCAGGUUUGCGCCUGAGGCUAGCUCGCCGAGCACGUCGAUGAGCACUGGCUUCUCUGCGCCUUAUCCUGGGCUUUCUUCUGUCACUGCCCCGGCCGACAAUGUCAACACCUUGACUGAUACCGACACCAUCUUCCUUGACGGUUUCAACUCAACCAUGGAGCGCACUCAGUCCAACGACGUCUUCAUCCAUCGCCAGACGCGCCUGGAGUCAACUCACACUCAGCGCCGCAACUUCUCAGCCGCUUACUGCAGAGCGCUCGCCGAUGAGUACGAGAUCUCUCAGCCUAGACGUCCUACCUCAACUCGCCCAAUCUCGACCAUGCUUCCUGCUCCCAGCCCUGAAGAUGACGAGACAAGAGAGACCAUCGCAGCUGUCGAGCGCGAGCGUCAAGCCCUCGAGCAAGUCACCCUCGCAACCUGGGAACUCGAAGCCCUCUCCUACAUCCGCAAGGGCCUUCUCGUCAAGGAGGUAGAAGCUCACAUCAAGAGCAUUACCUCGGCCGAAAUCCUUGACUUUGGCGGCAAGCCCAACUGCGACUGGGGCUGGAAGAUCGCAACCGAUCACCCCAACACCAAAGUAUGCACUGCUUACCUCGGCACCCGCGACAUCCUCACCGGCCCUGGCAACCAUACUGCCAUCGAGCUGGAAAAGCCAUUCGCUCUCCCUUUCGCCGACAACACUUUCGAUCUCAUCUCAGCACGUAGCCUGCACUCGCUCCUCAAGACCGACGAGAUCGCCUUGACGCUCACCGAACUCCAUCGUGUUCUCAAACCCAAAGGUUAUCUCGACUUCUGCCUCCUCGACGCCCUCCUCAUCAAUGUUUCCUCUGGCUCUUGGGGCCAAGUGAUGAACGCAGAGUUUGGACAUAAGCUCCAACAACGUGGUUACGAGCGCGAACCCACAAAGCACUUCCAAACCCGUCUUUCCCACGCCGGAUUCCACUCCAUCAAGCGCAUGUGGAUGUUCCUGGGAAUGUCUGAUGUCUGCCCCAUCUGGACUGAUGCAGGCAAACUCUCCGCCCCAGAAGCACCUACCAAGCCUUUGCCAUCCCUCCCCGGUUCUGCCAAACUCCCCUCUCGUGGUAAGAGCAUGCCUAAAUCUACAGGCACGAUUCACCAUCAAGUUCAAAUCAGAGAUGCAGAGGGAAAUGCACUGUUGGGUCCUGAUGGCAAGCCUGCUUACUAUCCUCCUGCGUUCACCGGCAGUACUGAGGCUGUGGCUCCUGUUACUGGUCUACUCGGAGCCAGGAUGUGGGAACAGUGGGUUUACAAACUGGCUAGGGAGAUGGGUGGAUUGCAGAGUGAAGCUCAAAUGUUGGAGCAGGUUUGUGGUGUGCUUGAAGAGGGUGGAAGAAUGGGAAGUGGAUUUGGUUGUUUGAUGGGUGUGGCUAGGAAGUGA